GUGAUGUCAUGCAACAGGCAAUGCACUGGAAAUUCCAACGGACACAUGCAAAUGACUUUCGUUAUUUCUGUAAAGCUUCGAGAAUUCGCAUUCUCCUACAGGCAAACUGCACAUAUAUUGAAGCCAGGCCAAACCAAAUACACCAUGUCAGAGCACACGACCCCGAUCCGCCUUGCGCAAGCAACCAGCAUCCUUGUUGCGACCGCCCUUGCAGGCGCCAAUGCCGGCUUGUCCUUCUUCGUGAUCCCGCGCCUCCUCGAGUCCCCAACACCGCUGAUGAUCCGACAAUGGGGCAACAUGUUUGCCAUAACGCACCGCUACCUGCCCUCGCUCUUCAUGCUCCCCGGCUUCAUCAACAUCUGGCUCGCCUACCGGCUGCCUGAAAAGGUACGCCUGUAUGCGCUUGCGGCCGGGUUAUCGAUAUCGAUUAGCCCGUAUACGAUGACCAUCAUGAGGCCCAUCAACAAGAAGUUGGAGCAGAAGGUCAAGGACGUUAGAGUUAUGGAUUUUGGCAAUAGAGAUGUAUUAGCUGAGGAGUUUGGGAGGGAGGAGACGGCGCAUUCGUUGAUCGAUUCGUGGGGAGUUGCGAACUUAUAUCUGUGCAGUGCUUCGUUUCUCGCAGGCACUGCUGGUCUGUAUGCUGCCUUCCGCUGAACGGAUUUUACAUUACUUGAAGCUUGAGACGGAGCAUGCCGAGAGACCUCUUGUAGGUGUAUUUUGCCUCCCACAAUAUUAAGAACGGAUGUAGCAGCUCUUCAGGAGCUAAGAAUUUUCCUUCUCAAGAAAAAUACUCGUUCUAUCUACACAUCUAUCCGGUCCCUAUGAUAACGACUAGCGUUC